GUCCGAUCGCAGUUUGGUCCGAGGGCUCGACGGAUGUGGUUGGACCAAUUAACUAUAACGGAAAUCAUCAAUUAGUGGAAAGAAAUUUCGAAAACCCUGUAGUGGAAUUGAUAGGCCGGUUUACACGAGAACAAAGUGCGUAGUCAUCCGAUAGUUAGGGGAGGAGCGGGCUAUAUGCGCCUAUUAAGCAGAACACUGAUUUAAUCAAAUACCACAUCGAAUAUGUGUACAAAAACUAGAUACACUUGUGCAGGCAUCUGUUUUCUAUACAAUGGAGUAAUUUUUAUGUUAAAAUUUUCUUCUGUUUCCGAGAAAACGAUUUUAUUCGUAUCACCCUCAAAAUGCAGUGGUCAGCACCGUGGAAGUGGCUUUCUAGUGGACUCAUCCAUUCAUCAUUGGAACCAUUUCCAAGUGAGGGAACAACAAAAAUGUGGAUAUGAGUCCUGUCCAGCACCGCAGCAAGAUAUGCUCAACGUUCACCUGGUCCCCCACAGUCACGACGAUGUUGGAUGGCUGAAAACCGUCGAUCAGUACUACUAUGGCAGCAAAAUCAACCACCAAAGGGCCGGUGUUCAGUACAUUCUAGACUCGGUUGUCCAGGAGCUGUUGAAAGAUCCGUCCAGAAGGUUUAUCCAGGUGGAGACGGCCUUCUUCUUCAUGUGGUGGGAUGAGCAAACGGAGGAAGUUAAAGACCAGGUCCGAAUGCUGGUCCAGGAGGGUCGCUUCGAAUUUGUGGGUGGAGCCUGGAGCAUGAACGAUGAAGCGGCGGUACACUAUCAGAGUGUGAUCGAUCAGUUCACCUGGGGUCUGCGACUGUUGAAUGACACCUUCGGAGAAUGUGGGCGUCCUCGAGCGGGAUGGCAGAUUGAUCCUUUCGGGCAUUCCCGGGAGCAGGCGUCGAUUUUCGCCCAGAUGGGAUAUGACGGAACGUUCUUCGCUCGGCUGGACUGGAGAGAUAAAACGAAACGGUUGGAGGAGAAAAAAGCGGAAAUGAUUUGGAAAUCGAGCGUUAAUCUGGAUGACAGUGAAUUGUUCACAUCGGUUCUUUACAAUCACUACAGCGCACCACCCGGAUUUUGUUUCGACGUGUUGUGCAAUGAUGAUGCCUUUGUAGAUGGGCAAUAUAGUGCCGAGAAUAAUGUCAAAGAAAAGAUUGAUCAAUUCAUCAGCUUUGUAACUAAUAUGUCGCAAAGGUACCGUUCCAAUAAUCUUAUCAUAACCAUGGGAGAUGACUUCAACUAUAUGGAUGCCAUCAUGAAUUAUAAAAAUAUGGAUAAAUUGAUCAAGUACACCAACGCCCGCCAAAAGGAAGGAUCCAAAAUCAACGUUUUCUACUCGACGCCGACCUGCUAUCUGAAGGCCGUUCACGAUGCGCAGCUGACCUGGCCGGCAAAGACCGACGACUUCUUCCCGUACGCCACGGACUAUCACGCGUACUGGACCGGAUACUUCACCUCGCGUCCCAACUCCAAGCGCUUCGAACGAAUGGGCAAUCACUUCCUGCAGGUUUGCAAACAACUGUCGGCGAUCAGUGUUCUGCGAGGGGAAAGUUACAACGAACAUCGUUUGACGAAGCUGCGAGAGGCUAUUGGAGUAAUGCAACACCACGACGCUAUUACCGGAACGGAGAAACAGCACGUUUCUGACGAUUAUCAUCGAAUGCUGACGGCGGCUUUCGCAGGUUGCGAAGCCAAUGCGAAUGAUGUGCUGGGCUCGCUUACGAGGAAAUUCGAUACGGUUACACCGUUGACUUUUGAAUCAUGUUUGCAAUUGAACAUAAGCCAGUGUUAUGUAUCAGAGAAAAACGAAGCGUUCGUAGUUACUUUGUACAAUCCUCUGGGCCAUUCUACUUCGGAGUACGUUCGUGUACCAGUCAAUGGAAACAACUACGCCGUGAGGGAUGAUCAGGGCGUGAAGCUACCAAUCGAUAUUGUCCCUGUUCCUAAGUCGGUAUUUGAUUUGGAAUAUCGACAGGCUAUUGCUGCUAGUGAAUUGGUAUUCUUGGCGCAACAAAUUCCUCCGAUGGGCUUCAAAUCGUUUUACGUAUCGGAAGUCUAUGAACCUGAAUCAAGCAAUGAUGUAGAACAGUUGACUCGUCCACAUAUUACUACAAUCGGCAAUGAAAACCUUCGUUUAAACUUCGAUGAAAACGGAUUCCUGGCUUCGAUUUUGGUUGAUGGAGAAGUUCAUAAUGUUAAACAAGACUUCCUGUACUACGAAGGGGCCUACGGUAACAAUGCAGUAUUCGAAAAUCGAUCCUCAGGAGCAUACAUUUUCAGACCAAACGGCACGGAGAAACAUGUCGCAGAGAAAGUUCAAAUCAGUGUGAUUUACGGAAACCAGGUCCAGGAAGUCCAUCAGGUGUUCAACGAUUGGAUCAGCCAGGUUAUUCGUGUUUUCGAAGGUGAUUCCCAUGUUGAAUUCGAAUGGUUGGUGGGACCGAUUCCGAUAGACGAUGAUAAGGGCAAAGAAAUCAUUAGUCGUUUCUACACGGACAUUGCUUCUCAAGGAACCUUUUACACAGAUUCAAACGGAAGAGAAAUGUUAAAACGAGUUCGUGACUACCGCGAAACUUGGGAUCUCGAACUUCUUGAACCGGUAGCCGGAAACUACUAUCCAAUAACGGCUAAAAUCGCAAUGGAAGACGACAAAAGUCGAAUUGCAGUUCUGAACGAUCGCGCUCAAGGUGGAACCAGUUUGCAGGAUGGCGUCUUGGAGUUGAUGGUUCAUCGGAGACUACUCAGGGAUGAUGCUUUCGGAGUUGGGGAAGCACUGAACGAAACUGCCUUCGGCAAAGGUGUGGUUACUCGAGGAAAACACUACCUAAUGAUUGGAUCCAAGAAAAUGCAAACUCAAGACAAGGAACGCUUUUUGCAGAAUCAGAUUCUUACUCCGGCCUGGACGUUCUUCAGCGAUGCAACUAAGAUCUCGUAUGAGCAAUGGCAAUCCAAUUAUGAACCUUCCAUGAGCAUUUUCAAGGAAUCGCUCCCACUAAGUGUCAACCUUCUAACAUUCGAACCUUGGAAGGCACCAAACACGUUUUUGAUCCGCCUUGAACAUCUCCUGGAAAAUGGUGAAAGCACUCUUUACUCAACCCCGAUAACGGUUGAUUUGGAAGCCGUUUUCUCAUCGAACGUGCACAUAACCAAUCUUCGCGAAACAACUCUGGCUGGAAACCAGUGGAAGGAAGACAACACCCGACUAAAAUUCUUCUACGAUCCAGAACCAAUUCAACACACUGAACACGAGCAGCGUUCAUCAAAGAUCGACGAAGGCUUCCAAGUAACCCUGAAUCCCAUGGAAAUUCGGACAUUCAUCAUUGAAAUACAUCAACACUAGCUUACCAUUCUUGUUGAUACAGAUAAACCUACCAAACAUAACAAAUUGAGAUAAAAAAACAUUUUUCUAGGAAAUCUAAGGCCUUGGGCAGAAUCAAACUGUUUACGUCGAUUUUUUUUAGUGCGUUCUAUUAGCUAGAAUAUUUCACUUUGUACAAAUAAAGCUCGUCAGUUGCAUACCCCUUUUCAAAAA